UUCAGUCAAUCACAACACUCGAUCACAGCUUUCGAUCCAGUUUAACUAUAAUUGUCUAAUAAGCUCCAACUGCAUACAAAAUGAAGUACCUCUUCGUGGUCGCCCUUAUUGCGUUGUCCAUUCAGUUGGCCUACUCUGCAACUUCUACCAAUGCCACUACCACUACAACAACCACUGCGGCAACAACCACUACAACAACAACAGAAAAGUCCACCCACAAGAAGAGAUGCUGGAAGGGCAACAACUGGUGCCACACGCACAUCCCCAAAAGAAAGUGCAAGCACCCAAAGAGAUGCCACAAGACCGUCGUGAUAGUGACCCGAAGAAAGAACUAAGAGCAAUCCAGAUUUUUAUUAAAAA